AUGUCGUCUCCAUUGAAUGCUAUUAAGAUGCGAAAGAAGAAGAACGUCAAGAAGGGUAUUCAGUUCUGUUUGAUGGUUUGCGGUGCAUCAGGCACAGGACGAACUACUUUCGUGAAUACUUUAUGCGGCACAAAGGUUCUUCCUGGCAAGGACUCCGAUGAUGCGGCGAAUGCUCAUCUUGAGGAGGGUGUUAAGAUUAAGCCAAUCACAGUUGAGCUGGAAUUAGAUGAAGAAGGAACCCGUAUUUCACUCACAAUUGUCGACACUCCUGGCUUCGGGGACCAAAUCGACAAUGAGGCAAGUUUUGGAGAAAUUGUGGGUUACCUUGAGAGACAACACGACGGUAUUUUGGCAGAGGAGUCCCGUAUCAAGCGUAAUCCUCGUUUGAGCGACAACCGUGUGCAUGCUCUACUUUAUUUCAUCACGCCUACCGGCCACGGCCUCCGCGAACUAGAUAUCGAGCUCAUGAAGCGCCUCUCCCCCAGAGUUAACGUUAUUCCAGUCAUUGGAAAGGCCGAUUCCUUGACACCCGCUGAGCUUGCAGAAUCAAAAAAGCUUGUCAUGGAGGAUAUUGAGCAUUACAGAAUUCCUGUCUACAACUUUCCUUACGACAUCGAGGAGGACGAUGAAGACACAGUCGAGGAGAAUGCAGAGCUUCGUGGUUUGAUGCCAUUCGCCAUUGUAGGAUCCGAGGAGGUUGUUGACAUUGGUGGACGCCAAGUUCGUGCAAGACAAUAUCCAUGGGGUGUUGUAGAGGUCGAUGACCCAAGACAUUCGGACUUCCUUGCCAUUCGAAGUGCUCUCUUACACAGCCAUUUGGCAGAUUUGAAGGAAAUCACUCACGAUUUCUUGUAUGAAAAUUACCGUACCGAGAAGCUUAGCAAGAGUGUUGAUGGUGGUCGUGGAAAUGAUGCUUCUAUGAAUCCUGAGGACUUGGCCUCUCAAUCUGUCCGUCUAAAGGAAGAGCAACUCCGCCGUGAGGAGGAGAAGCUUAGAGAAGUCGAGAUCAAAGUACAAAGAGAGAUUGAAGUUAAGCGACAAGAGCUGUUAGCUCGUGAGAGUCAAUUGAAGGAGAUCGAGGCUAGAAUGCAACGCGAGCAAAGUGCUCAUCUCGAGGCAGCUAACGGAACACGCACGUCAGCGGAUGCUGAAGCUUAA